AUGACUCCCACUUUCCUGCCACGCUCUGCCGCUUCCUCCUUCCUCUCCGCAAAAGCGUCUCUCAUGGCUCCGAGUUCUGCAUCAACUCCCAAGCAAUCCAACCAUGCAAGCAAUGUGGUCCGACCCAUCAAGACUGCGCCAGACGACAGAGUAAAACCCGAUCGCCGACGUGCGCAGGAGAGACCCCAAUCUAUCCGCCCCACGCAUUUUCUUUCUCUCCCCAUUGGUCACCACGCGGAUCUGCGCACCCGCGUCUCCCAUCUGCACGCGCGAAUCAAGGCGCACGCGCCGCCCAUCGUCGGCAUCGAUCCCUCGAUCCUCGUCGACCCCCGUCGACUGCACUUCACGCUGGGCGUCAUGACGCUCGUCGACGCGGACCGGGCGGCGCCCUCGGGAGCUGAUGAACCGACUGCGCCUACGAAGACGGUUGCGGAGGCGCUCGCGCUGCUGCGGUCAUUAAAGACGCAGGUGGCCGAGAUCAGCGCGGGAGGGUUGUUGGCGCUGCCCUUGGACCACAUGGGCGUGUUGAAGACGCACCACGAGGAGGCGGGGGUGCUGUACGUGGCUCCCAAAGACGAGGAGGAGGAAGAAACGAAGAAGAUCAGGAGGAUUGUCGACCUUGUCGCACGACGGUUCCAGGAGGAGGGCUUAAUUCAUGAGACCCGGCCCGUGCUCCUUCAUUGCACUCUCAUCAAUGCAAGCCACCGCCGGCCCCGACGCUCCCCCAAGUGGUUCUCCUACCAGGAAGUCUUCGCGCUUGCAUCCCCGGAAGGGCGCACUGCGAAUAUCAAUGCGGAAGCGCGGUCAGCGGACGUCGACUUGGGCGCAUGGACCGCGUCGGAGAUCCAGCUGUGUCGGAUGGGGAGCCACGGACCGGAGAAUGAAUACUUCAGCUGCGGUUCUAUAUUAUUAUCGUAA